UGUUUAGGUUGUUUUCUACUAGAGGAGCUGCAGCCCUGUCCCAGCCCUAACCCAGCCCAAGGCUCCUCCCUUCCCCCCAGAACCAUUAUCUGUUGACACAUCGUGUACUGAUGGCCACUGCUCCCUGGUUGUCUCCGGUCAGGAAAAUUUGAAGCCACUUGCCAGAUAACAGUCUGAAAAUUGAUUUGAACUAGUUGAUCGAGCAGCACUUUGGAAUUCCUUUCUUUCUGACUGGGAGUUGAAACGAAUAAAUUAAUGUAGAAACUUCUGACUGAGAAGGGAAGAACGUUAUUUGAGUGUGGACACAAACAGGAACCAGAAUAAUGAAUAAUGGCAAUUUCACCGUCAUAAAAUGAAUCCUCCUCCGUCGCUUUGUGAAAGUGGAAGAGACAACUUUUUCUCAGACUGGAGCUCACUCAAAAUGCUCAUGUUUGACUGUUUGCCUGGAAAACAAGACCCAAUGGAGCCAAUUUCAAUGCCAUUCCAACACGGGUAUAUGGCCAGAUUAAAGCAUGAUUUUAAACCCGAGAACAAUCACAGCAUCAUUUACUCCACGCACCCUAUCUCCCACGCGGGACUUUUUCAAUCACUCGAGGCUAAUGGAGGUCAAAUCGAGCCAGUAGAUCUUUCACUGAACAAGAGACAUUCUCCGCGAACGUCAAGUUCCCCUUCCUCGCCUUACUCAUUGACUGUGCUGUCUUCCACAUCUCCUACAAUGAGUACAUCUCGCUCCAGCUCACCUAACAAGAGGUCACCUCAACCUCCUAUCAGCAUGUCAUUAAGCAACUCCACAGUGCUGACAAGCCACCUCUUAUCGCGGUCAACCAUCCCAGCCUCAGCAUUGUACCCAGUGAUUCACCCAGUGGUGGUACAGCCGGUCGUAUAUACUCAGCCUUAUACUCAGUCUAUAAUGGUUUCUACAAUGUUGAAAGAUGACAUGAGGAAUAAUCAGCCAGGUCUUCCUUUGCAAUGUGCAAUCUCUGGUCCCCGAAAUCUCCCCCGGCAGCAGCAUCCGCAGUUUUGUAACCAGUCCAGAGGAGUUCCGCUUUGUACCUCCGAUGAUCAAAGUCACAUGGUGAUGAAGGUGAUAAAGUGCAAGCAGGAGUACGACCUGUUGGAUAACUGCAUCAACGAGGUGUCUUCUUCGGUCCUCAGUCCCAUGCAGCCGGUUGCAUCGCACGAAUAUUCCAGAGAUGAAUGUGGGGCCAGGGAGAUGACGUCUGACAUGGAGCUGUUCCGGAGGAGUCAUACUCCUUCAGUUAUCGUUCAUACAGCUGGAAGACCACAUCCUAUUGAAUCGCCUGAUACCCAGAGGAAGCGUCGCAUACACAGAUGUGACUUUGAAGGAUGCAACAAAGUGUACACAAAGAGUUCACACCUCAAGGCACAUAGGCGCACACACACAGGUGAGAAGCCAUACAAGUGUACUUGGGAAGGUUGCACGUGGAAGUUUGCCCGUUCGGAUGAGUUGACCAGGCAUUACCGGAAACACACCGGCAUCAAACCCUUCCAGUGCCCGGACUGUGACCGUAGCUUCUCUCGCUCGGACCACCUUGCCCUGCACAGAAAGCGUCACAUGCUGGUCUGAGUGUGUCAUUGCUCACAAUGUAAUCCAGACCAGAUGCAAACUAUUCACGUAGUUUUCUUAACCAAGAUUCAGCUGGGCCGAAUCGUUCAACAGAUGAACACUUUUCAGUACCAGAAACACAAACAAAACUUGUUUGUUAAGUGCAGGAGCCGUGGUUCACAACAAGGGUGCCUUUACAUUAGUGCACAGCAUUCCCCACUUCGUUGUCUCAUUUGUUCAUUGAAAUUGCCAGAAUUUUUGCCAGAGAUAUUCCCUCUUCGCUGUAGACUGCUGUUCUUCGCCUCUUACUUCACUGAAACUACACCUCAUCUAAAAUUGAUUUUUUUUUGUCAAAACAAUAUCAAAACUGUGUCUUAUUGUGCAGACUGGUUUAUACAUAGGAUUGUAAUAUUUUUGUUGUAAGGGUGGAGGAUGUCAGGAAAAUCAUUCCGAACAACUGUGAAAGAAGGAAAGGCUUCAAGACGAGACUGGAGGAAUCCUGCACACCAUCACUCUCAUCGGCAACUUUCCAACUGUCCUGUGACAGUUCUUCAGUAUUUUCCAUUGAAGAUCAACUCCCUACUGCUAGCUUCAGUAGUUACAUUUGUAUUUCAAAGUCAAUGCAUGUGAACUAAUGAAGUUAAGCACCCAAGAUUCACCAACAAUGGCUUUUCUUCAUAUUGGUUCACACUCAAAAGCCGACAGGACUUGUAACUUCCAGCAAUUUCAUCAAUCAAAAAGCAGUGUUUCCAUUCACCUGAGUUGAAGUUUCACACUUUCAAGCCCGGUAAAGGAAAAAGAAGAAAUGAAAAUAUGGCACCCCUGAGUUUAUGAGCAUGUGGUUUGGUGACAUAGUCUUUGUCCUGCACUGCAUUGCCUAUCAUUUCAUCAUUGACCAGUUGAGAUAUUCUUACUUUUAGGUCAUGUUAAUCAACAUAAGAAAGUGGGCAAGGACACAUGUCAGGGGUGUUGAGAUCAAAUGGUUUUAAUAAGAAAGAAAAAUCUAAGUGUUCAAUAUUUACUUGCAACACGCAAAAUUGUCAGUAAAUUUAGAAUAUAACAUUUUUGCCAAACAGAUAGUUAUGCACUAAUUUGCCAAUUUUUUCUUCCUUAUAACCACAGGUAAUUAAAAAAAAAGACUUACACAACAUUUAAUAAGCCUGGCAAUCAUGAAUUAAAUUUAACAUUCUUGAUCUCCCUUUGUGGACAAUAGAUAAACAUAAUUCAACUACAAGUAGUUUUGAUCUACUGAGUGAAAAAGGAAUUUGUUUCAAAUAUUUCAGUUCCUAUCAUCAAUUAUUCAAACAACACAUUUGUAAUUAUAUGGAUAUUCUUGACAUAUUUCUUUGACCAGGAGGAUGCAGUGUUGGUUUCAUGAUGCAUGAACCAAAUGGAGUAAUUGUGUUCCAAUAAGUUCAAUCCCAGAACAUUGUGGAAGAACUAGGUGCAAUCAGUGGGAAUUAAAAAUUGGGGAAAUUAGUGUAAGAAAAUAUAAUCUGCCAAAUAGGGCAUUUCAGGCCACAUUCGUAAUAUCUUACUUUAAAAUUAUUCUGGGGAUAAUAAUAUUAAGCUGCUCAAAGAACAUCUUUCAUGUUGACUCUUGCUUCAAUAUUUCCACUGUUGGUUCAUUGCUUGCAUUUGUUAAGAUUGUGUAAGCACUCAUUGUAGCCAUUCAACAUGUUGAACACUCUGAGUUUAAAUGGCAGAACAUUUGUUUGUGUAUACCACUGGGUAGGUGUCAAUGCUGGUUUGUGUAACAUUACUGUUAUUGCCACGAAAAAGAUUUGAAAAAGUAGCACAUCAAAAUCCAAGUUUUCUUGUUAGUUCCAUAUUUACAGAAAUAAAAUGUAACCGAUUUGAAAUUAUUUUUCAAAUUAAUUCACAACACACUUUUCCAGUAGUUUUUUAUGGCAGUUUUCAUUCAUGCUUUUAAAUGAACAGUAAUGCAACAUGAUGGACUAAGAAGCAAUUGGACUAUCAUUAAUUAAAAUUCAAUCAAAUGGAAAAAUAUGUUUGCAAAUCACGUACUACCAACAUGUUCAGACAUAAAUCACAGUGUUGAAAAUAUACAUCCUCCAAUUAUUUCUCCAUAUUUUCGGACUGACUAUAAAUAAUCACCAUCACAAUAGUUUUCAAUCUACCUUUUUGUUUUGGGAAAAUAUUUGCCAUAAUAUUGUGACCACUGAACCUAUUUGAAUUUUAAAUUAAAUCAAUAAUCACUUUAAUGCAACUAACUUUAUUAUAUUCCAUAAAUUAUAUUCUAGCAAUUUGAGAUACAGCAUUUAUUUUUACUGAUCAACAAUGUUGUUAAAAACACUGACCAGUUUGAGCCACGAAAAGUAAGAUGGUAAUAAAGUCAGUCCCCAAUUUGUAGUGAAUUAGUUAAUUCCAUCCCUGACAUCCCUGGUAACACUGGAGUUCUACGAUCAGUGCCUGGGGAAGAAUGAAAGCAAUAGGAAUUUCCAUUUAUAACUAAGAUCCAAUGUCUUGCUACUGCAAAGCAUUUGCAUGCACGGCUGUCAGGGAAGGAUAUGGCUCUAAAGUCAUCAAUGGUUACAUGGGCCACCACUAUCCAAUAACUGCAAGUGAAGAGUACCUACUUAUUAAGCAAACUCAGGGAGAGUGGGGAUCAAGUUAUCUAGAUCUGUAAACUGCAGCCCAACAGUAGACCAAGCUUUACAGGGACACAAUUGGAGGUAGAUUAGCAUUCUCUUUCAAUUCACUUUGGUUGAAAACUUGGGUUUAUAAUUUAUCAUGAUAGCCUCUGAAGUAAGUUUUCUACAUAGAUAAGAAUUUCACCGCCAAGCAAGUUAGAUCUAGGAGGAACAAAACUCAAUGGCGCCAGAGGAUUAGAAUCUGGAUCCGUGCAAGUGAGCAAAGGUGAAUCGACCCAAUUCUUCAAAGCAACAGUUUGUGUGUAGAACAUUGCUAAUAGGAAUACCUGUCCAGACUUGAACUAGGGGUGAUGCUUGGCAUCAGGGGCACGUGAUGUUACAUUCUGUGCAAUAGAGCAAGAGCGGUAGAUACCAGUAGUUUCAUGUACAAACUGGUAAAAUGUUGCUGCACAUAGAAAUAUGCAAACACAGCAAUUCAUGGCAGCUGGCCUGCCUCUUCUGUCUUUCAUAUCAAAGAGCGACUUAUUUCCUCUUUGCAGAGUGGGUGAUCUGUCGCAGAAUUUAAAUUAAAAUGCACUUGAAAAUGGGUGCAAUCAGGUAAUGUUCACAUCAUGAAUAAUAAAUGCGGGGAUAAUUAUUUUUAAGAGGCAGCUGUAAGAGUAAUGCCUCUCUGCUUUAAAAGAUAAACAAAGCAGCAAUAGUUUAAAAAGACCAUGAAACGCCCCUCUAUGUGCUGUGUCAUAUACAGAGGUGGGAAGGGGGAUUUGGAUGGCAUGCACAUUUUGAAUCUAUUCUUCUCAGCUUAGAUACCUGAAAUGUGAAUUAUUUUUUUAGGGUAACAUACAUUUUGGUUUAGAAUGUUGGUUUGGGGAUAAUAGCUAGAGAAGCUUAUUUUGACACUUAAUAAAAUAAAAGAUGCUGAAUAGAUGAAAUAAAAGGUCAUGCUGUUAAUAAAAUUGGAUUUUCUUUAAAUUUUCAUAAUAGCACAUACAAUAACUAUUAUAAAAAGUGCUUUCGAGCAAUCCUGGUAAACAUGCCUGAGGUGAUCAGUCAUGCUGUUCAUGGGAAUGAUAUUUAUUAGGAAGUGUAUGCAGAUCUCAAUCCCAUUCUUUAAAAACAUAUAUUUAUAAGUUUAUAAAUUCAUAAGUGAUAGGAGAAGAAUUAGGCCAUUCAAUCCACCAAGUCUACUGCACCAUUCAAUCAUGGCUCAUAAAUCUUUCCCUCUCAACCCCAUUCUCCUGCCUUCUCCCCAUAACCCCUGACAUGCAUCCUAAUCAAGAAUCUAUCUCUCCCUUAAAAAUAUCCAUUCUUUGGAAAUAUAUUAAUAUGUAAAGCUAUUAACAUAUGCACACCUACAUUGGUUUUAAUGCACAUAAAUCAAUGCAGUAUUCUGUUUAGUUGACUAGAAAGUAAAUUAAUGCCUUAAUUAAUUAAUUAAUGGCUCCACUAAUUUAUACAUUUGACAAGUUUUUUGGGGAUAUGGGGAAUGCCAUGGGGGAAAAAAAUAUUUUUUGCUGAAACAAAUUCAUAUGCUCCCAUCUGUAAAAGUGACUUUUUUCACACUGUUCAAAAGGAUGCUGUUGAAAAUGAAUUAUUACCAAAGUCAUUCACAAGUUUGAAUGAUCAAUUCCAAACCUACUAACAAACCAUCCAUCUCACGAGGCAUUAGAAUGGUAGGAAAAAGAGAAUCAAUUUGGCAUUGCAGCAAUGAUACAACCCGGUCCAGUUGCCCUCUUCCCCUCAAACCCCCCAAACCUCUCCAGCCUUUCCAGAUUUUCUGAGCAGUACCAGAUGUGUUCUGAUGGGACCACUGCAUCAGGGAGAAACAAAAACUAACUGAUUAAAAAGCCUUUUAAUUUUCAAAAAUGUAUGUUGAAUUAAUACUGAAAAUGCUGGAAACACUUAGCAUCUGGCAAAGGGCCUUUGACCUGAAACAUUAACUUUGUUCACCCACUCUUCAUGCAGGGUCAUGACCCAAAACAUCAACUACCCCAUGCGCUCCACAGCUACUGUCUGAUCUGCAGAGUUCCUCCAGCAGCUGUUUUUUGCACCAGAUUCUGUUUUUUUCUGCUCCAGAUUUCAGCAUUCGCAGUCUCUUGUGGUUCCUUUAAUUCUGUUCCUCUUUCUGGAGAUGCCGCAUGACCUGCUGAGUGCUUCCAGUAUUUUCAUUUUUUAUCUCAGAUCUCCAGCAUCUGCUCGAAAUUUUAUUUUUAAUUCUUGAGAAAAUUGUAGAAAUUUCACUGAAAAUAAUUAUGUUAUAUUAUCCCAUUUGUGAAAAUAAUUCUCUGCUGUCCCCACCAUUGUGUACUUUUGCCUGUAGGUUUAUAGCAUUCCACUGUUACAUGACAGAGAUUAUUUCAUCUGCUCAGCAUCGCUGCAAGCCUGCUUUUGAAUACUCCAGCAGAUUAUUGCUAGUACUUGUGCUGGAAAAUAUAGAACAACACAGGAUUAUAUUUCAAGAGUAAUUCGGGGUUUAUAUUAAGUCUUGUUAACUUUAUUUAAAUCAUUUAAUAGUGUCUGCAGUCAGUAUAAUUAAAGAUGUGAAAUUUUAAAGAUAUUUUUACUAUUUCUUCAACAUUUCUGAUUGUCCCAUGGGAGUUUAGUAAUGACAUUUUGUCAUAUCAAACUGUGAACACAAAUUUGUACUGUACAGUCUUCUUAUUCUGUAUUCAAUAUAUAUGUAUUGUACAUCUGUCAAUAAAACUCUAUAUACACAAA